GUCGACUUCUCCGCCCUCAUCUGGAUCUGUCCUUUCUGUUUCCAACGAAACCACUUCCCUCAUCACUUCUCCGGUAUCUCCGAGACCAACGUCCCUGCCGAACUCUACCCUCAWUACACCACCAUCGAAUACGCUUUCCCCARUUCCGAUCUCCACCAUGCGCUCCCUCCACCUGUUUAUUUAUUCGUGCUUGAUACGUGUAUGAUCGAGGAGGAAUUGGCGUUUGCUAGAUCGGCGUUGCAACAGGCGCUUGAAUUCUUGCCGGAUAAUGCGUUGGUAGGGUUUGUUUCGUUUGGGACGCAGGUUCAGGUUCAUGAAUUAGGGUAUGCUGAUAUGUCGAAGGUUUAUGUGUUUCGUGGGUCGAAAGAGAUGACUAAAGAGCAGGUUUUGGAUCAGCUAGGAUUAGGUGGUAUUGCCGGUGGCCGGAGAGUUGGUGGUGCACCAGGGCAGGGGUUUCAGAAAGGGGUUGUUCAAGGUGGGGGGUUUCCAAAUUCUGGGGUUUCUAGGUUCUUAUUGCCUGCUUCUGAUGGUGCAUAUAUUAUCCAAUCUCUUUUGGAGGAAUUGGUCACAGAUCAAUGGCCAGUUGCACCAGGUAAUAGAUCGUUAAGGUGCACUGGUGUAGCACUGAGUGUUGCAGCUGGUUUGCUAGGGGCUUGUAUGCCUGGUACGGGUGCUCGAAUUGUGGCAUUGGUCGGUGGUCCGUGUACCGAAGGCCCUGGUUCGAUUAUAUCAAAAGAUCUCUCAGAUCCGGUACGUUCACAUAAAGAUCUGGAUAAGGAUGCAGCACCAUAUUUUAGGAAGGCAGUUCAAUUUUACGAGGAACUUUCAAAGCAGAUGGUUAGCCAGGGUCAUGUCUUGGACCUUUUUGCUUCCGCACUUGACCAGGUUGGGGUAGCAGAGAUGAAAGUUGUUAUUGAAAGGACUGGCGGCCUUGUUGUUCUAGCUGAAAGUUUUGGUCAUUCCGUUUUCAAGGACUCAUUUAGGCGUGUUUUUGAGAAGGGGGAGGAAUCUCUUGGUCUCUCCCAUAAUGGCAUGCUUGAGAUCAACUGUUCAAAGGACAUUAAAAUUCAAGGGAUCAUUGGAUCUUGCACAUCUUUGGAGAAGAAAGGACCCUCCGUUGCCAGCACAGUGAUUGGACAGGGGAAUACCACAGCUUGGAGGUUGUGUGGACUGGACAAAAAUACUUGCUUGACGGUUUUCUUCGAUAUAUCAUCAAGUGACAAAUCAGAUGCUUCGGGAAAUGCAAACCCACAAUUGUAUAUACAGACUGUUACAAGUUACCAGAGUAUUGAUGGACAAUCGAAGAUGCGAGUUACCACCAUUACUAGAAGAUGGUUAGAGACUUCCAUUCUCUCAGAGGAAUUAGUACAAGGUUUCGAUCAAGAAGCCGCUGCUGUGGUAAUGGCUAGAUUAACUUCGUAUAAGAUGGAGUCGGAGGAAACAUUCGAUGCAACAAGGUGGCUAGAUAGAAAUCUCAUUCGUCUGUGUUCUAAAUUCGGUGACUAUAGAAAAGACGAUCCAACCUCGUUCGCCCUAAACCCUAGUUUUUCGUUGUUUCCUCAGUUUAUGUUCAAUCUUAGGCGAUCACAAUUUGUGCAGGUGUUCAAUAAUAGUCCAGAUGAGACUGCUUAUUUUCGCAUGAUGCUUAACCGGGAGAGUAUAACAAAUGCGGCUGUCAUGAUUCAACCUUCGUUAAUAUCGUAUUCAUUUAAUUCACUACCGUCACCAGCAUUGCUUGAUGUGGCAUCCAUUUCAGCUGAUAGAAUCCUUUUAUUAGAUUCAUACUUCAGUGUAGUUAUAUUCCAUGGAAUGACAAUAGCUCAGUGGAGGAACAUGGGUUACCAGAAUCAGCCCGAACACCAGGCGUUUGCACAGUUGUUGCAAGCUCCACACGACGACGCCGAGUUGAUAAUACGCGAUCGGUUUCCCGUCCCAAGAUUGGUGGUGUGUGAUCAACACGGUUCUCAGGCACGGUUCUUGUUGGCCAAGUUGAAUCCUUCGGCAACCUACAAUAAUGAAGGUGCCGCUGGAAUGGAUGUUAUUUUCACCGAUGACGUGAACCUUCAAGUAUUUUUCGAGCAUCUACAGAGGCUCGCAGUUCAAUCUUCUUAAAAUGUUGGCAUUUUAUACCGAAAUUUAUACCCAAAAAAUGUGUUUUCCAUGGAUAAGAAGGAUAGAAGCAAGAUGUGUGAUGAUUCUUUAAAAGUCCCAUUUGAAAUCUUGAAAAAAAUAAUGAGCAUAUGGGUUUUAUAUGUUUAAUCUUAGCGUAUCCAGAUUAGGCAGCAAGAGUAGCAGGUGUUCUUACGUUUAACGGUUUUGUAAGUUACGAUAGGGAUUAUGUCGAUUGAUUGUGUAUUCGAAUUUAUGAGGUUAUAUGAGAGUUAGGAGCUCGAAAAUGCAAGAAAACUUCGGGUUCGACUCGUUUUUACUGGUUUUUGUUAUGCAAAUGUACACUUGAAUCCUAAUUUUCAAUCUCAUGUGUACCUUUCUUUCUUGUA